UGCUGUCGGACUGAAAUUCUCGUUUCGCGUUUGAAUUCGGCUGGACAAAUUGUGGUGGUUUUCAUGAAAACCCCGUCGUUCAGGAGCAGCGGCUCCUGCUGCGAGUUCCCGCCGGCGCCUGGAGGAGCAAUGCUACCGGUCUACCUCAACGACCUGAGGAGGAACGCCGCAGGCGGCGGCGAGGAGAUGGUCGAGGUCACGCUCGAGCUGGACGGUGGCUCGGUGGUGCUGUGCGGAGUCGGGCCGGCGGAGGGAGAGGCGAUUCCGGCGCCGGAGGGAGCGGAUUUCCUGUCGCGGAGCGCGUCGGCGGCGUCGAGGCUGCGGCGGAUGUUCUCGCGGCGGUGGGCGGCGGAGGAGGAGGAGAAGCGGCACGAGGCGGCGGUGGAGACGGCGAGGGAGGCGAUGCGGGCGAGGGUGAGGAUGAUGAGGGACAGGUCGGGGGCGCAGAGGGCACUGGGAGGGCUGAGAUUCAUAAGCAGGAGCGGCGCCGCCUCCGGCGGCGGCGAUUCGAGUCCCGAGGCGGCGUGGAGGGAGGUGGAGAGGAGGUUCGACGCGCUGGCGGAGGGCGGGCUGCUUUCCCGGCAGGAUUUCGGCGAAUGCAUCGGGAUGGGGGACUCGAAGGAGUUCGCGGUUGGAGUUUUCGACGCGCUGGCCCGCCGGCGGCGGCAGAAGUCCGGCGGGAUAACCAAGGCAGAGCUGCAUGACUUCUGGCGGCAAAUCUCCGAUGACAGCUUCGACGCUCGUCUGCAGAUUUUCUUCGAUAUGGCUGAUAUCAAUGGAGAUGGGAAAAUCACGAGAGACGAAGUGCAAGAGCUAAUAAUGCUGAGUGCAUCCGCAAAUAAGCUGUCAAAUUUGAAAGAACGUGCCAAGGAAUACGCCUCCUUAAUAAUGGAAGAGCUUGACCCUGAACGUCUUGGCUACAUUGAGAUCAUAGCAUGCGCUAUUGCUGCAGGAGUUGCAGUCCAUGGAGGCGUCCACUUGACAUGCGACUUCCCACGGCUUGUUCGAUCCUCACCUGAAAAGUUCAAGCUGAUUGCUUCUGAUUUUCAUGGAAAAAAGCCAACCUACACUGAACUCUUGACUGGUAUUAUCGGCAUUACUGGUCUCUGCAUGGUAGUCCUAAUGGUAAUUGCCUUCACAUUGGCCACAAGGCGUUUCAGGAGAAACAUCCUAAAAUUCCCACCGCCUUUCAAUAGAAUAACGGGUUUCAAUGCCUUUUGGUACUCCCAUCACCUUCUGGUUAUUGUCUACAUACUGCUUUUGUUCCAUGGGACCUUCUUGCUCUUGGUUCACCAAUGGUACAAAAAGACGACAUGGAUGUACAUAUCCAUUCCCCUUCUUCUUUAUGUGGCCGAGAGAAGUCUGAGUCGUCGAAGGUCAGAACAUUACGCAGUCAAGAUUUUGAAGGUUUCUGUACUUCCGGGAGGCGUAUUCAGCUUGGUCAUGGCCAAACCGAAUGGAUUCAAAUACAAAAGCGGACAGUACGUUUUCCUGCAGUGUCCGGUUAUCUCCUCCUUUGAAUGGCACCCGUUUUCACUAACUUCAGCACCAGGAGAUGAUUACCUAAGCGUUCACAUUCGGACAGUAGGUGACUGGACACAAGAGCUAAAGAGUGUUUUCACAGAAGAUAAUAGCUCGACAUGUGUGAUUGGUCGGGCUAAAUUUGGGGCGAAAGGCAACGUUAACCAAACAGGUUUACCUAAAUUGCUUGUCGAUGGACCCUAUGGAGCACCUGCACAAGACUACCAAAACUACGACGUGUUACUUCUCGUAGGACUUGGAAUUGGAGCCACUCCUUUCAUUAGUAUCCUCAAGGAUCUCUUGAACAAUACAAAACAAGAAGAUCUAAUGGACUCCAACACAGAUACCAGCCGAUCAGAAAACAGCUCAAAUAGCAUAACCUCUUCAUGUGACACAUCAAGCAGCAAGAAGAAAUCACAUAAAACUAGGAGUGCGCAUUUCUACUGGGUGACCAGAGAACCAGGGUCCUUCGAGUGGUUUAAAGGAGUAAUGAAUGAGGUGGCAGAGAUGGAUCUCAAGGGCCAAAUCGAGAUGCACAAUUACCUAACAACUGUGUAUGAAGAGGGUGAUGCAAGGUCGACUCUGAUCACAAUGGUACAGGCUCUAAACCAUGCUAAGCAUGGAGUUGAUAUCCUAUCUGGCACGCGAGUGAGGACACAUUUUGCAAGGCCAGAUUGGAGAGAAGUUUUCAGCAAAAUAGCAGUGAAGCAUCCCUGCUGUACAGUAGGUGUUUUCUACUGUGGAGCGCCUAACUUAGCAAAGGAGCUGAAAAAGCUGUCACAAGAACUGACUUACAAGACAUCAACACGGUUUGAAUUUCACAAGGAAUACUUCUAAAGAAGAAGAAAGAUGAGGAGCUAACCACACACAUCUAUUUGUACUUAUUCGUGUAUAAGAAGAUUUAAUACUUCUAUUUAAGAAAGAAAUAUCUACGUGCAUAAAAAAUUCUUGCUAGCAGCACAGCCAAAUGGUCCAAAUUGUUAGGUUUCUUCUGGAAGAAGGAUGUCAAUUGUGGAAGUGGGUAUUUAAAGAAGAGGGGAAAGAAAAGGUAUAACAUUUUUUAAUGUAAUUAAAUAAAAGGAACAAAUGAAACAGAUACACACAAGAAAUUGUAUCUGUGUAUAUGCAACAGCAAUUUGUUUCUCUCAUUGAAUGGAAGAAAAGGCAGUG